AUGUUGAAUGAGAAAUCGUUAUCUCAAUUUUGUGAUAUACAGAUUAUGCAAAUCUGUCUACUACAAAGCUACAUAAAGUGGGAGAUAGAGUACUCAUCAAUUAUCUCGAAAGUGUUGAAAAUUGUCGGACUGCACAUUAGCUUCUUCCCAUGUCUGUUUAUUGUAGCUUUGGAAGCCAUUGCUGGAUGUAUUGGGAUCGAAGCCGAAUCUUUUGAAAACCAGGAAAAGCAUUUGAGACUAAAUUGUAAAAAGCCAAACCACGAGGCUGUCAUCCUAGGUUUAGCUGCUGCUGCUGCUGCCCUUCUCACUAUAGCUCAGAUUAUGCAAAUCUGUCUACUACAAAGCGACAUAAAGUGGGAGAUAGAGUACUCAUCAAUUAUCUCGAAAGUGUUGAAAAUUGUCGGACUGCACUUUAGCUUCUUCCCAUGUCUGUUUAUUGUAGCUUUGGAAGCCAUUGCUGGAUGUCAUGGGAUCGAAGCCGAAUCGUUUCAAAACCAGGAAAAGCAUUUGAGACUAAAGUGUAAAAAGCCAAACCAUGAGGCUGUCAUCCUAGGUUUAGCUGCUGCUGCCCUUCUCACUAUAGCUCAGGUCAUUGCGAAUUCGUUCAGAAAUAGCAAUACUUGUACUGGAGAUAGAGCAUCGAGAAGCAUAUCCUCUUGA